AUGGUGGAGCUGUGGCAAGCCGAAGAUGCUGAACUUAUGCUCUCCUCUCAGACCGAUUCCAGUCAGAACACAGGGGAACAUUUGCAAGAGCAAAAUAUAGCAAGGCCUAGUGGGAGGGCCUUACAUCUACAGCCUUCUGUACUGGAUUUUGGAAGUCAGUCAGUGGGGCUCCCUAAAGCUCAGUCAUUCUGUGCUUUCAACCCUAGUAGGGACACUAAUAUUGAAGUGGAUUCAGUGUUUACAAGUGGUAGAAAUUUCCAUGUGUCUCCCAUACAUAGCAGGGUCAUCCCAGCCAGAGGGAAAUCGUCAUUCACAGUUGUUUUUCUGCCAGAUGAAGAAGGAAGUUUUGAGGGCUCUUUAUUUAUAAAUACUACUACAAAUGGGAUUCUGUCCUAUCAGGUCUUUGGUCACGGGGUACUUCCUGCUGUCUCCGAUGACUCGAAGUACUUUCAUCAAAACACAGAAGUCAUGUUUCCACGGAUUGCAAAUAUCCACCUUUCACAAUCACAGGCAGAAGCCAUAAACUCCAGUGUAUGGCAGGUUCGUCUGAAGUGCAGCAUUCCCCUUCAAUGGCAUCAGCAUUGCAGGAGUUGCUUCCUGUCUGGGCACUCUCUGCUGCUGCAGGUCUACUUUGCUGUCAGAUUGGAUGGAGGCCAGCAUGACUUGGAGACCCUCAGGAAAUACGUACUAGAGAACAUUUUUAUGAUCUUUGUAACAUCUGACCAAAAUGAUGAUUCAAUGGUUAUGUAUGUAUUAAAUUCUGGGAGUGGCCUGGUUCACAUGCAGGAUGUCCAUCAUUUUUUAGGUGAUGCACUUUCUAUCCAGUUUGAGCCUGUGAUGCUUUUGAGCUCUUCCAUAAGUUUCACGAAAGCAGCGACCAUUGUUUGCUCAGGAGCCUCACAAGAAUCUGAGUUUGUCUGCUCCAAAGAAAAAAAGCUGAGUGUUGUACAAGCUGCUCCCACUCCGUCCUUGUGUAUUUCUCAUAACACAACAGAAGGGUACCUUAAUUUUGAUACUUCAAAAAAAUAUCAUUUUACAUGCAGCAACUUCAGGACCCGUUUGGAUUAUGGUCCAUGUGGCUAGAAAGUCAUCUAAACUUUCCUAUCAUUCUCAGUGAUGUGGUUGUGCCAGAGCAAGACGGGGGAAUUUUCAAGAUCCUGAAUUUCACUCACUUGUUUACUUUACCUCCUGGCUGCUGGAACAUAUUUACAUGGAAGAUCCAAGCCAAAGAAUUGCCGCUGAAUUUGUUGACCAACAUAAUGAUAGUUACCUCAUUAGGUGUUACAUUUGAGAUUCCUGUACUGAUCCACUAUGCUGGCCCUGCGUCUGGGAACCAACAUCUGAAACCGUUUGCACAGUGUGGAGUCCAUCCCAUUAUCAGGCCUUUAUCUUUUGAAGAAAGUGUGCGUUGGCAUCAUAGCCUCUCCCUUGGGAUGUCAGCCUGGAGUAUAGACUAUGAGUUAGGGUCUGAACUCUAUGCAAAGUUUCAGAAGAUGCAUGAAGCUGAUACAUGCAGGAGGAAGAAUGUAGAGAAUGGUACCCAACAGAAGAAAGAUAUUUUUCUACCCCAGUUGAUUGCUGAGCCUGAUCUUGUUGUCAACUUCACUGCAACUGCACUAAGCAACAACUCGGUGAAAUAUGUUAUCCUGAAGAACCCAUCUCCUUUUCCAGUAACAGUGCAACUGCUACCUCUUUCGCAUUACCCCAACCCUCAAGCUGCUCUCAGCCUUCUCAGCAAAUGGUAUGGUGCAAAUGAGCAGGAGAUUGACUUCACAACAGGAGAAUUCAGGCUGCAGAAACAAUGUGACACACAGGACAAAUCUCAGAAAUGCAGUAGUGAAGUACUUGAAUUGCAUUUACCACCUUGGGGAGUGUCGGAAAGUUGGAAUAGUCUUUGUGCCUCUGGAUUACCGAAAAGUUACCUCAUUUAUAAUUGUUCGAAAUAAUUUGACUUUUCUGGAUAUGAUCACCGUUGAGGGUCUUGGAGCAAGAGAGAUGCUGCGUGUUGGAGGAAGACUGCCAGGAGUUAGUGGUUCCCUUCGAUUCAAAGUCCCAGAAUCCACGCUAAUGGAUUGUAGACAACAGUUAAAGGAUAGCAAGCAUGUUCUGUCCAUCACAAAAAUGUUUAAGGUUGAAAACAUUGGCUCUCUGCCUAUGACUAUUGUGGCCAUGAAAAUUAAUGGAUACAACUGCCAAGGGUUUGGGUUCGAAGUUCUAGGCUGUCAUACGUUUUCUCUUAGCCAGAAUGCCUCCCGGGAAAUCAGCAUUGUGUUCAUUCCAGACUUCACAUCAUCCUGGGUAAUACGUGAACUCACACUAGUGACUGCUUCCAAUCUGGAGUUUCGCUUCACCCUCAAUGUGACUCUCCCUCAUCACCUGUUACCCCUGUGUGCUGAUGGGGUGCCUGGGCCCAGUUGGGAAGAAUCUUUCUGGAGACUAACCGUCCUCUUUGUUAGUUUGUCUCUUGUUGGAGUUGUUUUAAUUGCCUUUCAGCAAGCACAGUAUAUUCUGUCAGACUUUUUAAAGAUAAGACAAAGAAACAACUCCAGUUCGUCUCCCCAGCAGAAUUCUAGUGCAGUUGAUACAAUCACCUCAGAAUCCUACAGGGGCAGCUGUAAAAGUUUUACUGACUCCAGCAGUCCUCCUGAUAAGGGGAAAGGAAAAGGCUACUUGGCUGUUGCUGCUGCUGUACCGGUCCGCAGCCAGAAUGCAUCCAAGAGGGGUCCUGCUACUUACAGCCACUCUCAGAAGAAGCAGCACAAGUGCUCUGUGUAUUACAGCAUAAAACAGAAAUCAAGCAGUGUAGUCACUAAUACAGCAGCUUGUGACACAAGCCAACCAAUCAGUCCAGACAUGCGACCUCCCUCUCCAAAAGACUCUACUUAUAGUGACGCCCUAGCUGAAAAAUGGACAGAUUUGGACUCUGUAGACAGCAUGGAUACGGGUAACCAAAAGCACUUAACUGGCUCAGACAACAGUCUGGGUAAAGAACAAUCUGCACUGCUAUCCCCCCCAUUUCUCCCACAGAGAACUGCAUAUGAAAGCACUUUUAAGGAGGAGCCAACAAUUAGUAUGUUUCCUAUGGAAACGGCUUAUAAAACGUCAGAAAGCAUGACUGAGCCUAAAAAGAACUUUUGUGAUUUUUCUUCUGUAUCCGGUAAAUUACCUGAAGACCUCAUAUCCAGGAGUCUGCAUAAGUCACAGACUGAACCACAGAUUGUUCCUCGGAAGAUGGAGGGGAACAAGCAUCGUAUUUCCCUUACAGCACACAAGGAAUGUGUUGAAACGCCCAAAAAGUCAACAGACAGAGAAGCUUCUGCAGAUAAGAAUCCUCAAAACAGCAUAAGGGAGAAGACCUGUGGUAAACCAGAUGUGUCUCCAUUCAAGCAGGAGGAGCAGUUUCGGGGGAAAACCCCAUCAGAGAAAAGAGAGAGUGUGUUUCCAAAUUUAAAUUGGAAUAAAAACAGGACUUGUGCUAGAAAAAAUAAAAAGAAGAACAGUGUCUUCCCAGCAAGAGUUGCAGAACAAAGUACUUUGAAACACAGCUAUCAAGAUGUGGACAGACUAGAGCCAAGAGCUACACACAGAGGGAAAACCUGGAAUGCUUUGCCAAAUGGUGAUGUCUGCAGGGUAGAACCAAAAAAACAGCAGAAUGCCACCACGUGGGGAUACAGAAUGUUAUCAGAUUCUCAAAAAGAAAUCUGUUGAGAAGUUUUCUUCUGACUCCAGCUCUGAAUGUGGCAGUUCUCGUGGCAGUGUGCGGGCUAGCCGUGGCAGUUGGGGCAGCUGGAGCAGUGCUAGUAGUUCUGAUGGGGACAAGAAAUCUGCCAUUCCAAACAGGCUCUACUUCCCGCAGAGAGAAAACGUGUCACACAGUAGUUUUCCUGCAGAGAACCCGAUUUCUUUAAAUCUGUCACACAGCAUUUGUAACACAAGUUCAGACAUAAACACCAUCUCUCACUAUCCAGACAUCUUGUCUUCACCCUUUUCGGAGGCCUCAGAUGCUGAAAAAACUAAAGGCUUAUAUGGGCAGGAAGAUGUAUGGCCUGCACAGUCUGUGUGUCUAACCAAUGAUCUCAACUACAAAUCUUGAGAACACAGUGACAUGUGUAGCACAGGAUCCUCCACCAGUACAGAACAGCUUCAUCAAUUGGAAUUCAACACGUGAUGGGCAGUUUUCUGGGAUGUAUGGUUCUCUGGAGCUAAAUGACUUUAACACUUAUAGUGAAGAAAACAUGAACUACCACAAUGGCUUUUCAUGCCCUGAAGUCCAGAAUCCGGCUUUCAUUGAUCAUUGUCAGUCUACCUGGAAUAUGAACCCACCAGAAGUGCCACCACCCCCUCCACCCGCACCCUCCAUGCCAAACUCCUGGGAACCAGCCAGUUAUGUUAGCACUUCUCCAUACCUCUCCAGCACUAGAAGUUUGUCUCCAAUGUCUGGACUGUUUUGGAUCCAUCUGGGCUCCACAGAAUGACGUAUUUGAUGGUUUUCUGCCCUGUUAGUGGCUCCCCUCCACAUUCUGACCAUAUUGGAAGUCACUCCAUGAUGUGCAAGCAGGAGUAUUCUUCCAGAUUCAAUCCUUUCCAUGCCUAUAUGAAUCUGGACAUUUGGACAUCUGCUAACAGAAAUGCAACAUAUCCCGUGUCGAGGGACUCUGGCUACUGUGGGAAUAUGUGA